AUGGCUACUGAAGAGAAGGAUGAGCUGCGGUCUGAGUUGUCGUUGGGCAACCUAGUGGAGCUACUGGAUCCCAUAGCCUCUAAGAUACAUUACACUCAAUUUCCGACUAUACAAAACUAUGAUUAUAAGAAGACGUGGCAACGAGCCAAGGAUAAACUAAACGGGGACCAUAAGAGGUUAAUCAAGAAGCACAGGGAGAGACUUGUCGAGCAAAUCAAGAAAUGGGACGGACCCUUAAACAGGCUAUUUUUCCACAAAACAUCUACGCUAGAAAAGUUAUUUUACCCAUUUACGCUGUUUAAUAUAUUCUUCAUCGGAUUCAUCAUGGGCCGGUUCCCACAAUACUUCCACGUUUACUACACAGUUUUGUUCUGUAUUUUAAUUCCAAUCCGGUUUUACACUUACUACAAGACCAAUAACCAUUAUUUCUUAGCGGACUUGUGUUACUUUGUUAAUAUUCUUUGCCUUGCUUACAUUUGGGUGUUUCCACGCAAUCAAACACUUUUCUUAUCAUGCUUUGCACUGACAUUUGGUUCCCUCAGCUUUGCUGUUAUUACAUGGCGGAAUUCGCUGGUGAUUCAUUCAAUAGACAAAACCACUUCCUGUUUUAUCCAUAUUAUCCCCCCAUGUUCUAUUUUUGUGAUAUACAGGGCUAUUUCACCAGAGUAUAGAGCAGAAAGAUUCCCUGGUGCAGUUAUACUAGACCCUCGCAACUCCAUAUCGUUAAAGACCAAUAUCAUUAACACGUCCCUGUAUUACCUAAUCUGGCAAGUUUUAUACCAUUACUUUAUCACAUUAAGGAAGAGCUCAAAGAUACAAGCUGGUCAGCGUGAAACUAGUUUCCAUUACCUGACUACUCAUCAAUACAAGGACUUCUGGGCCGUGAAAUUACCCACACCUUGGCCGAUUGUAAUAUAUACGUUAUCACAGUACCUGUACCAACUUUCGACUAUGCUUCUUUGCAAUAUCUGGAUUAAAUAUGAUGAAAUAUGGUCGCAGUUCUUUCUUUUAGCUAUAUUCUUAUGUGCUGCACAUAACGGUGCUACUUAUUACAUUGAUUAUUAUGGCAAGAGUCUAGAAAAUGAAGUUACUAAACUAAAGGUUGAGGUUGAAGAGCUACAAGAGGAACUAGACAUGGCUCAAAGUGGAUCUGAUAUUUGA